UCAGCGGCUGCCAGCUGGACUCAGAUCCACUUCAGAUCAUCAGAACAAGAGAAAGUUUCCAGCUGACAAACAACAGGAGUGUCCUCAGCCAGACUCGACACUCAUUCAUUUCAGCCUAAUUAAUUCAAUUAGAAAACAGCGAAAGAUGUCAACUUUGCAUGUCUCGCUCAGGGCAGCCAACAGUCCAGCAUCUCCUGGGAAGACAAAGCAGAAACAGGGACCACAUGGUGGGUCUGAGCUGGGUCUUGGAACUGACCGGCGAGCUACUGCAGUACCUGCAGAGCCUCUUGGUGGCGCUGCUGUACCAAGUAGAGGGUCUCAGAGAUACCACCAUCAGAGAGAUCAGAGAUCGAGCUGCCAUGUUGGCGGAGCUGAGACCGGUUCAACAGUUUGUGGUUUCUGGCACCCUGGCUGUGGCGGCAGGAAGACGGACUUCAGUCGGACUGGUCUGGACGUCUUUGAUGUUCAACAUCACCAGCGUCCUGCUGGGCCUGGCCGGUCUCAUCUACCUCUGUCUGCUAAUGGCCACCACGCCCCCCUCUGAGAUGUUCUGUGGAUUCCAAACCUACAACAUCGACUGGAUGAGACGGUGCGUCGGCAAGCUGUGGAUGCUGGAUAGAGCACUUUACGGACUUCUAGGCCUCCUCCUGGUUCUGCUGGUCCUGCAGGUUUGUGUUUCCGUCACCGUCUGCGUCAUCUCCGGAAGAGUCAUCAAGCGUCACAACCGCUACACCCCCAUCAAGGUGGAGACUGAUGACGACCGGACCCUGCUGGACCCACAGCACAGCAGUGAGCACAACCUCCACGCUCAGUCACCCUGAGGGCGGAUGACCCCACGUCGUACCGGAUAAACCACAGCAUCGUGCUCUGUAAUCUUCUCUCUGCUUUUUCUAGUUUUCUGGCUGUAAAUCAGUCCAACCUGUGAUUGUUUUUAAAUGUUAAUCAGGAAAUAAAGACCUGGUGUCAGUUAGAGGAAAACAUUUCAGACAAAAGGGAGUUAAAGUAAUGAUUCUAAUCAGCUUGUAGGUGCCUGUUUAAUGCACAAUUCAUCAGAAGGCCAAACAAUGACCAUAUAAUAUUAAACUUGCACUUUUUCUUUUUUUAAAAGGAAUGUUGCGUCUUUAUAAAACUUUUUUCUUAUAUUUAUUUUUCAAGGUAAAAUGUUUGAGAAGCAAUUCUCAUUUACAAAUACGACCUGGCCAGUAGAGAGAAAAAUAAAAUGAAGAAACGCAUACAUAUGAACGUAUAUUACCACGGUGGUUUACGUUUUUACCAACAGUCUUUGUGUACGUCACAAUAUACUGUAAAAUUGGUCCCAUAGAAAAUAAUGGGAUUUUGCCUAAAUUAAGAAAACCAAGCCUGAUUUGGAGCCCUACAACUCAGGCACACUUUUAUUUUGAAACUUCACUCUAAGUUUAAACAAGCCAUGAAAAAUAAAACUUCUACUCUCUGAAAGCGCAUUUGGAUUUCUUUUAUGGUUUGGACACAAUCAGUGAUAUCAUGCACUCUGAAUUUGCCUUAAAAUGAAGUAAAUCUCUCAAACUUCUUCCAUGCUCACAGUUUUGUCCUUUACUGACACAAAUUCUACAUCAAAAUAAAACAUGUUUCUCUUCUUUCA